UGAGGGUCUGAGCAUGGAGCAUUGCAGGGCAAGCAAACACUUGGUUUGAAGUGUCUUUCACUGUACAUUGCCUUCGCUUCUUGUUGUAGCAGUCUACUGUUGCCUACCUGCCACGGCAUUCCAGGAUAAUUAGCCUACAUGUUUCACCUACUGGCGCUUUGCCAAUAACAGCUGCUCACGGUCAUAGCGCGAUAGGUACGAGACCUAAUCCAGCAAGCAAACGGUUUGUCACAUGACUGUGCUCACCAUGAGUUUAUUUCCGCGUUCAUUCGGUACAGAAUGAUUUGAUAGAGGUGCAUACCUGAACCGUUGCGGUCCGCAAAACGCGCCGCCGAGCCAAGGCGAUAUUCUGAGAGAGGAGACCCCGGCAUUAGCAUUGCUUGGACACACGCUGCAGCAAGAACAUGUUCACCCGGGUGAAAUCAGCUGUGGCCAAUUUUAUGGGCGGUAUGAUGGCUGGCAGUUCGAACAGUGAACCUCUCGGUGGCUCCGAUUUACCGCUGAAAUACCCGUACACAAGACCGGAGUUUCUGGGACUGUCACCGGAUGAAAUCGAGUGCUCGGCGGAUCAUAUUGCUCGGCCGAUACUCAUUCUGAAAGAGACGAAGAGGCUGCCGUGGGCCACUGGUUAUGCAGAGGUGAUCAACGCGGGGAAGAGCCAUCUGAACGAAGACCAGGCGUGCUGUGAGGUGGUGGUGGUGAGGAGUAGACCCAGUGCCGGGGGCAACUCCACCUCCAACAGGCCCCCUACCACCCGGAGGAGGUCCUCUCUGCCCAAUGGAGAGGGGCUGGCGCUCAGGGAAAACACUGACGUGGAGCCCGGACUGACCUUCCACUACUGGGGUCUGUUUGACGGCCACGCGGGCUCAGGGGCAGCGGUGGUGGCAUCUAAGCUGCUUCAACACCACAUCAUAGAACACCUCCAGGAGGUCCUGGAUGUCCUGAGGAACCCGGCCCAGCUGGCCCCCAUCAUCCAGGGGGAAGAGCCCACCAACUACCACCUCACCCCCACCACCCACCGGGGCAUCACCAGGGCCGCCUCCCUGCGGGGGGCUGCAGGGGCCCCCGGCUCCCCCAGCCACCCCCCGCCCACCAGGUUCUUCACAGAGAAGAAGAUCCAUCACGAGAGCAUGGUGAUGGGAGCCAUUGAGAACGCCUUUAAAGAGAUGGAUGCCCAGAUUGAGAGAGACAAGGCUGUGUUUAACAUCUCAGGAGGCUGUACUGCUCUGUGUGCACUCUUUUUAUUGGGAAAGCUCUAUGUUGGAAAUGCCGGGGACAGCAGAGCGAUCAUUAUCCAAGGUGGAGAGGUAAUCCCCAUGUCUACUGAGUUCACACCAGAGUCAGAGAGGCAGCGCCUGCAGUUCCUGGCCUACAUGCAGCCGCACCUGUUAGGAGGCGAGUUUACACAUCUGGAGUUCCCGAGACGUGUACAGAGGAAGGAGGUGGGGAAGAGGAUGCUUUACCGGGACUUCACUAUGUCUGGCUGGGCAUAUAAAACCAUUGAGGACGACGACCUGAAGUUUCCCCUAAUCUACGGCGAAGGGAAGAAGGCCCGUGUGUUGGCUACCAUCGGGGUCACCAGGGGCCUGGGAGACCACGAGCUCAAAGUGCAUGACUCCAACAUCUACAUCAAGCCCUUCCUGUCCUGCUGUCCCGAGGUCAAAGUGUACCCUCUGACGCAGUAUGAACAUGGGGUGGAUGACGUCCUGGUGAUGGGGACAGAUGGGCUGUGGGAUGUCCUAUCCAACCAGGACGUUGCCGAGGCAGUCACUGGUUUUCUUGCCAACUGUGGCCCUGAUGACCAGUAUAGGUACACGAUGGCAGCUCAGGACUUGGUGAUGAGGGCACGGGGGGUCCUGAAGGACCGAGGCUGGAGGAUAGCCAACGAUCGUCUGGGCUCCGGAGACGACAUCUCUGUCUACAUCAUCCCUCUGAGGUACGGCAACCUGCAGACCUAGCCGUAGCCCAGGCCCAGCUCACCACCACCCACCAUGGGACUCUAGACAGGUUCUGUGUCCACAAUGACACCCUAUUCCCUAUAUAGUGUCUUACUUUAGGCCAAGGCCAUGACAAGUAUUGCAUUAUGUAGGGAAUAGGGUGCCAUUGUAGGCUUCACCCAACCGGCAGACCUAGCUAAGGUCCAGCUCACCACCCACCAUGGGACUCUAGACAGGCUGCCCCCCUCUACCAUCUAUCCUAUCCCCUCUGUCCUAAAAUCAAUGCCCUGGUGCUCACACAGUGCUUCAUGUCGAACGGUUUUCCUGAGGAAACAAAAUGGCUGCUGGUUGCUGUACAGUACAGGGUAGCAUGACUGUUCUUGUCUCUUGUGAAAGGAAGGAAAGUCUCAGGAUGUUCCAAUAUACAGUACCUUCAGUUUCUUCUUGUGUUUCUGUGCUGCAAGGGAACAAAGGACAAUUCUGGAUUUAAAGGCCCACCGGGGCCAUGUAUUUUGUUGUAAUUCAUAACCAACCCUUCGUUGUUUUUCAGUAGGCUACGGCUUUUGCAUUGCCAAAUAUUUUCUGAUGCAAUGGAAGAGUAUUGCUUUCACAAAGGCUUUUCUUAUGGAUAUCGCAUGGGGAAAGACAAAGGGACUCUCUUUCAAAGUGCAAUGCUUUAUGGGAUUGUUUUUUUAUCCUUUUUAGAUGAGAUAUUGUUACUAUAUUACUGAUUAUGAACAAGUAAAAAUGCUUAGAAAUGAAUGGAUUUUAGAUAUCCAUGCUGUACAGUGUAAAGAACCUGUUUUGAGUUGUCUGUAUAUACUGUACGUUAUGAAACCUCUCCUGUCCCUAUGAUCCAUUAUGUACAUAAGUCACUGACCUAGACAGUACAAUCCUACCACAGACAAACUAUAGCGUUCAGCUUUCAGAACUAUUGUUUGGGUGUUCCUCUCCAAGUGGAAGGUGAAUGAAGUCAGUCUUAUGGCCGUUUUAUUGCCAGUGACUAUGUUAAUCUCUCAUUGUUUAUUUUUUCUUAAUUUUGACAGGUUUGUUUUUUCUUUGUCAUUGCGAUGACCCUGAAAGUGGAUUUACUUAAAGGAUGUGAAGAAACACAUUUUAUACAUAAUUGUGAAACAGCUACCUCAUGUUUUUUCUUUGUUUUAAACAAGAUAUCCAAACCCUUGCCCCAGUUGAACCUUUUAUUUUCCUAUUUGUCAAAUACUUGUUUGCAUCAUCCUGUUUGCGUGCUCGUUUACUUUUCAAAUAUGAAACAGCCAUUCCUUAAUUAAUUGUCACUAGUUUUCAUACACAUAUAGCUUAGUUUAGCUCUGUAACAAAAUAUUAGGAAAAGUGUUCUGUAUAGCGACAUGAAUAGGAUGUAAAAUGGGUCAAGUUUACUGAAUGUUCUUACAGCUGAAUCCUAAAUUGAGACAUGGUUGUCAUUUUAUCUUAUUGAGGCAAAUGCUUGAUUUAUGCUAAAGUUCAAGUUACGAGUGUGGAUUUCUCAUAUGAACAUUCAGUUGUUGAAGGCUAGAAUUACAUCCCUUAAGCAGAUACAUUGAUUAGCAUGUGCUUGGGAGAAACACAUUAGAUUAAAUUGAAUGCUGGUAUGAAAA